AUGGCCAGCUCUGAGAGCUCAGCUGAGACGUCUACCCCCUCCCAAGCCUGUGAUCCUACUCCUACUCUUCAUGAACAGAUUCUGAACUCUGGGAUUACUAUUGCUUUAUUCGAAAUUGGAUCACUUCCCUCUUCAUGCUGGGGCUCCCCUCCUUCCCUAAUAAAAGAUAGCCAAAUUUUAACAGGACCACAGACUGCCCAGACGUUUGAAAAUCUCAUAAGAGAACUUGGAGAUAUUCUUAACAUUGUGACAGGCUUUGAAGAGAAGAUCACAGAAGCAAAGGAAACUUCUGAGGAAACCAUUAUUUCUGAGGAUGUGUUAGAACUUACAGAAAAAAUCAGAGAAUUUGGCAAAACAAAUAAAACACUAUUGAAAAACCUGCUCAUUAAUUCAGUUCCAGAGGAAGAACAGAAGGCAAAGAAACAGGAGGUGGUCUGUGAGAACCAGAGUCCCAAGAACAAGGUACAAGUUUCUGUAAGGGAUUUGGCAGAUUGUUCAGAAGAAAAAAGAGUCCUUAAUGAAACCCAACCAAGUGAAGAAGAAGGAAAGUAUGUAUCCCCUCAUGCUCAAGAAGAAAAUAUUAAACUUCUGAACAACAUGGAAAAAUUACUACAAGAAGCAGAACACUGGAGUAAGCAACAUUCCGAGCUCCACGGACUCAUACAGUCCUAUCAGAAAUCCCAGAAAGACAGAAGAGACAGUCUUAAAAUUAAUCAAGCUAUUCUCAAAACGGAACCAAAUAAUCAGGUGUCCAUUAAGAAUGAACUGGAAGAGCAAGUGAAGAAACUGAACCACGACACCUAUUCUCUGCACUUGAUUGCAGCUUUGUUGGACAACGAAUGCCAAAUCUUACAGAAGAGAGUAGAGCUCCUCAAGGAACUCCAUCAGCACCAAGAGGAAAGUCCACUGGAGAAGCUGAACCAGAUAUACCCCAAGCAGAUCAUGAAAAAACGGAAGACAUGGGAAUUAGAGCAAGUAGAAACUAAUAAGGAGAACAAGCAAGAAACAGGAGGUAUAGUUCAGAAAAAAAUCGGAGUCUCCAGAAGCCUGGAUGUUUGUCUUAAUAAGAAAGCUCGUAAUAACCAGCUCAAUAAUCAUAUUGCAAGAGGUCUAAGAAAAAAGAGGCCGGCCAGCAGCUUGAGAUAG